AUGUGGCGACUCAGCUUCCUCAUUAUUCCGCUGUACAGUGCUGUGUUGCAUGAUACUUCGCGAACAGUUGCAAGGCUGUGCACAACACCUGAAUGCUCAGCAGGCACUGACUGUCUUCAAUAUAGGGGCGAAGGAAAAUGCUACAACACAACAUGUCCUAUCAAUGAAGUGUUUUCUUUAUGCCCGUCAAUGUGCGAACCGUCUUGCAAUUCAACAGAAACGAACUGCGAUCAAACAUGCGGACCGCCAGCAUGUGAGUGCCGUCCUGGAUAUGUACGCUACAGCGGUAAAUGCGUUCCACCGGAUUUGUGUCCUCAAGGCCUUCCCACUACAACUAACUCAGCGCAACCAACAUGUGCCGUCCUUGAUAUCGACUGCCUUCCUGGAUUCCAUUGUGAGGAUACAGCUACUGGCAUGAGAUGCGCUCCCAAUCAAGAUCGCAAUCCAUCUAUUCCGCUGCAAUCUCUUCUUUGCGAUCGCUUAUGCCUAGCUGGAAGCCAUUGUGAAGUUGUGAAAGGAGAACCUGAAUGUGUUCUAAAUAAAAAGCUACCUUCAUCAAAAACUACAGCAAGUCACCCUUGUGCUGAAGUGGUGUGCCCGCAAGGACAAUACUGUGAACUCCUUGACGAAAUCCCAAAGUGCGUUCCACUCCCAGGUCCCUGCGCAGCAGUUUUCUGUGCCGCUGGCCGAUGUAUUGAAUACGACAACACCUUUGGAUGCUUCAAUACAACCUGCGGCCUGAACGAGGAGUUCAAAAUCUGUGCUACUUGUGAGAAGACCUGCGAUUCCGUAACGAAGAAAUGUGAGGAUAAGUGCCAUCCGCCGGCAUGCCAAUGUUUGAAAGGCUACAUUCGACAAAAUGGCGAGUGCAUCAAAGGAGACAAGUGCGACACUUCACGGCAAUACCGAUACGGUCCAAAGAGAUACACAUAA